UCUUAAACGGAGCUCAGCUAAGCCACUGAGUUUUCAGCCUCCAGCGUCUACGAAACAUGCUAACCAUUUUUGCUGCGGAUUUUGAUUUCGAGAUCUAAACUAGACCACUCAGUUUGAUUCACGAGGAAGCAAGUUUACUUGAACUGAGCAGAUAUGAGUGAGAAAAAGAACCCGUUUGUGUUCUUAGAUGUGUCGGUUGAUGGGGACCCUGUGGAACAAAUUGUGAUUGAGCUUUUUGCUGAUGUUGUUCCUAGGACGGCAGAGAAUUUCCUGGCACUCUGUACAGGAGAGAAGGGCAUUGGAAAGUCUACUGGGAAACCUUUGCACUUCAAGGGAUCACAUUUUCAUCGAAUAAUUAGAGGAUUCAUGGCCCAAGGUGGUGAUUUUUCAAAGGGAGAUGGCACUGGUGGAGAAAGUAUAUUUGGGGGAAAGUUUGCUGAUGAGAAUUUUAGGCUGAAGCAUGAUGGAGUAGGUCUUCUCUCUAUGGCAAAUUGUGGUCCAAACACAAAUGGGUCCCAGUUCUUUAUAACCUUCAAGCGCCAACCCCAUCUUGAUGGGAAACAUGUUGUUUUUGGAAAAGUUGUGAAGGGAGUAGAAAUUGUGAAGAAAAUUGAACUGUUGGGAACAGCUGCAGGGAAGCCUGCUCGACCUGUGAAAAUUGUAGAUUGUGGGAAAACUUCAGAACGUAAGAUUCAGGAUGCAGUUGGGAAAGAGAAAGGGAAAAAGAAGAAAUCAGUGAAGGUUCCAUCUUCUGCAGAUAGUUCCGAAUCUUCUGAUGUGCAAGUGCGAGGAAGACACAAGAAAUCUCUGAAGGACAGAAGAAAGAAAAGAAAAAAGAGAUACUCUUCAUCUGAUUCUUACAGCUCUGAUACAGAGUCUGAUUCUUUUUCUUCAGAUACUGAUUCGGCAUCUGAUUCAGAUUCAUCGCUAUCUGAUUCAAGUUACUCUAGUGAUGGAAAGCGUAGGAAGAGAAGGUCCGUAAAAAGAGAGAAGCCCCAACGUGGGAGAAAAAGGAAGGAUGGGCAAAGAGAGAGGAAGAGAGGCCGCCGUGAAAAACGAUCAAGGCAGAAGUCCAAAAGGCGCCCUCUACGUUCAAGUUCAAGUGAUGCAAAAAGAGAAAGUGAUGAUACUAGUAGUAGCAGAAGCAGUUCUGAUGAUGAAAAAACUGAUAAUCGUGUUUCUGCUCGGAACACAAAACAUGAAAAAAAUAAACAACCAAGGAACCUCGAUACUGGAAAGGAAUCCUCAGCUCCUCUCUCAUUACAAAAAGGUAUUGUAGAGCAACAGAAGGAUCGUGAGAUGAAGACGACUGAGGACAACUCAUCACAUGAAGAAGGUGAAUUGUCUCCAAAGAAUGACAAACUUUUGAACAAUGGCCAUGGCAAAGAAGCUAGAUCUGAUAAGCAUGCUAAUAAGCAUUCCUAUUCAGAUGACUCCAGUAAAUCCAGGAGUCUGACUCCCAAAAGAAGGUCAAGAAUCAGCCCGAGGAGCAGUCCAAGCACAAGUCCAAAAGGAGUUCCCAGUGGAAGUCAGGCUACGAAGUCCAGUGAGCAAAAUCAGGGAAAGGCUUCAAAGAGUGCAUUGGGUAGUCCUGCUCUUAAAGUCCGUGAACCUUCUUCAACUGAGCAUGACCAAGGUAUGUUGAGAAGCUCAUCUCCAAAUGGUGCUCCCAAGCGCGUCAGAAAAGGGCGUGGCUUCACUGAGCAGUACUCCUUUGCACGUCGGUACCGUACUCCAUCUCCAGAGCGUUUGCCUCGCAGUUCCUACAGUUAUGGUAGAAGAAAUUUUCUUGGAAACAACCAGGAUAGGUAUUCAAGCUACAGAAGGAAUUAUGAGCAUGCACCACAUGGACGUUACCGAAGCCCACCUGGAGGUAGAAGCCCUCCAAGACACCAUAGCCGGAGAACUCGAAGUAGGAGUGUUUCCCGAAGUCCAGGUUAUCGUCACUAUUACAAGGACAGGAGCCGGAGUCGGAGCCGAAGCAGGAGCCAGAGUCCAAUAGAUAAGAGACCUCCUAUGAGUGAUAGAUUAAAAUCUCGUCUCGGCCCCAGAAUUGAUGAUCGGCGCUCUCCAGCCAGAGGAAGGUUGAGAUCCAAUUCGAAGAGUCAUGGUUCCUCUCAGUCCAGAUCUCCCGAUGCUGCACCACCGAAGCAUCUUGAGAGAAUGAUUUCUGCUUCUCCCAGCGGCUCUAGAUCAAGAUCAAGCUCCCCAUCUGGGCAAAGAGGGUUGGUUUCCUAUGGAGAUGCCAGUCCUGAUUCGGGGACAAGAUAGCUGUUUAUGGUAUCUUAGUCACGGUGGAGUAUUAAGGAUCUAAUCUGAGUAAACCCGUCUCCAUUGUGUAUCAAUCUGAUUGGAUGACAUCAGAGAAACUGUUCCUUUUGGUUUAUUGGCAUCUAACUGUAAUAUGAAGUUAUGAACUGCCAUGAGCUUGACUGGUCAUAUUUUUUAUUCAGUCGUAUCGUCAUCUAUGACUGCUAUUGGAAUACCUGGGUAACAACUGCAAUGGAACCAUGAUGUACGGAAGCUUCUUUCCGCCAUGUAUGCCUAUUGAUGCUUUGCGGGGGAGGCAUAAUCUUUGGGGCAUGUGGCCAAGCACAGCCUUGUAGUAGCAAGUGUUAGAAUGAUGGAGGGAUUCUUGGUGCUAGAUACACGUACGGUUGGACUUUGCAAUGUUGCACUGCAUAAUUCAAAUCCUCUAAUCCUGUCACUUCACUAGGAUUAGCUGCCCCUGGUCGAUUCAAACUCUUUUAGACCUUGUUUGCUUAUGUAUAAAAAGGGAAAACAUUCCAACUCUUUUAACUA